AAUAGUUUUUUAGGUUAUGUUAUUAUUAUUUUCACAACAUUGCCUUUAUUUACAUUACAAUAAAACAUAAUGGCACCUCUAGAAUCUUUAGAUAUUGAAUUAAGCGAGAAACACAUCGAAACAGUCGGCAAAUUCGUAGCGGACAUAAGAAACAAUAAAUUAUCUGGCUCGGAGCAGAUAGCGGAGGCGACGCUAACACUAGUGGAGAAGAUUAUCAGCGAGUCUAAUGCAACAGCACGGGAACUUUGCGGAGUCCUCAGAGCGGCUGCUCGUCGUAUCAGCUCAAGUUUACCACUGGAGCUGGUAGCGAUCAACAUGAUUAGGAGAGUUUUAAGAGCCAUAAGGGAUGAAAACAGAGCUUCCGUAGACCAGUUCCAGAGUGGUGAGGGUGUAGGAGAGAGUCUCCAAGGUCUGGUUCUGGCGACUCCGGCCCGGCACAGCAUCGUGCCUUCAACGGAUCAGGACUUGAGGGAACCUAUAAGAGAUCACAUCGCAGAGCUCCGAACCGAGCUGGAGACAAUGAGGUCGUCCAUAACGAGUCAGGCCCGCGAGCACGUGCGGGCGGACGAGGUGCUACUCACGUUCGGGGCCAGCGCUCUGGUCGAGCGGUUCCUGAGGCCGACCCAGAACAGAAACUGCAAGGUCGUCGUCGCGGAGGGAACUGACGUCGGCGAGAGUCACGCCAUGGCACGGCGGCUGAGUAAUUCUGGUGUUUCGGUCACGGUCAUCAAUAGUUCGUGUGUGUUCGCGGUGAUGUCGAGGGUCAACAAGGUGGUGGUCGAGGUGCAGGCUGCGAUGGGGGGCGGCGCGGUCCUUGGGGACGCAGGCCUCCAUUCCGUCACCCUCGCCGCUAAAUACUACAAAAUACCGGUAGUGGCAUUGGCGCCUCUGUACCGGAUGCUGCCCCAUCAUCUCUACGACCCCCAGAGCUUCGGUUCCCUGUCGUCGCCGCUACAGACCAUGGAAUACGCCGACUGCGGCUCAGACUCCCUGCAGGUCCUCGCUCCGAAGUUCGACUUCGUCCCGCCAGACCACAUCACGCUGUUCAUAACUAAUCAGGGAGGAAGCUGCCCGUCCUACAUCUACAGAUUACUGUCAGAGAUAUACGAUCCUAAAGAUUAUGUAGUGGCAUUGGCGCCUCUGUACCGGAUGCUGCCCCAUCAUCUCUACGACCCCCAGAGCUUCGGUUCCCUGUCGUCGCCGCUACAGACCAUGGAAUACGCCGAUUGCGGCUCCGACUCCCUUCAGGUCCUCGCUCCGAAGUUCGACUUCGUCCCGCCAGACCACAUCACGCUGUUCAUAACUAAUCAUUGGGCUGGUAACAUUUUUAGCGCGCGAUUGCGGAUGCCGUCGGAGCCGGGAGCUUUCCGUGGUUGCAGUUUAGCAAUCGCCUCCUUAACCUCGGAAGUGGUAAUGGGGGCUUGGAUCGAUAGUGCUGCGUACUAUGCCUUGUUUAAGAUGAGUCAAGGUGGAUCACGCAGACCUUAUUCGCGUGGGGGCCAACGCUGGCACCCGCGCUACAAGGACUACUGGGACUACGAGCAGAGUUACAGCGAUGGAAGCAGCGCUGGGAGCCCGAAAGAGGCCUGCGUGGCCCAGUCGCCGCCACCCGCGAAACGGGACGUUCCCAGACACCAUGACCAGCGCAGGAUGAGCAUAGGAGCCGGGGCUGGUGGUUCUAGAAGACCGGAGAGAAGAACCUCGGGACCCUCGGAGCGAAGACGGACGGAUUUACGCGUCAGCCCCGGUGCCGGUACAUCAUCAGAACCUCCUCAUAUGCUGCACGCUCAUCAUAGUCACAUGGAUACGAAUCCCUUGGAAGGGUUGUCUGCCGCCGCCGAGGCAGCGGGGGCGGAGCCCGAGAUCGGCGUGAAACCCCCUCGGUCCCCGUCACGGAAGCGACGUCGGGUCUGCUCCCAUAUAUCAUCCGGCGAGAGUAACGUCUCAGUGACCGCACCCCCCGUCGAGAGGCGCACUCCACGACACCACUAUCAACCCCCCCGUAGAGUACGUUACCCAGGAGGGGGGGUGCCCCCCCACCCGGCGCACCUCGCCCAUUCCACGCCCCUACUGCUGGACAUCAACCAGAUGUCACUACGUGGGGCUAGGUUAAGCGCUUUAGGCGGGGGAGUAUCGUGGCCUCAUCGGGAUCACGGGCAACACCCCGCCCAUCCCGGCCACCCGGGUCAUCCCGGACACCCUGGGCAUCCCGGACAUCCGGGCCACCCGGGUCAUCCAGGUCACCCGGCCCACACCGUUCAUCCGGCACACGCUACAAGAGCCCAGGGCGGCGGGAACGCAGCCGCCGAGCUAUGGGGAGUUCUACCUUCACUGCCACAUCUGAGAUACCAGAUGGGUGGGGUGUACGCCGGUCUCCAGUACGCGACGCCCAGGGGACCGUUCGCUUCGCCCCCACAUCCUCACACGCACUACAUCACGAACUCUCAGAGAGGGGACGGUGGACCAAGGCUAGACGUGGACGGAGGUCUGUCCCCACUCCAGCCGGAUCUGCAUCACGCACCAUUACUCCUGGCCACCGAGGCCCGGGGCACCCCAUUGGAGCUUAUGGCUCCGCACCAUGCCAGACACGCCUUGUCACACCAUCACAGGCGCGCGGGGGGCGGGGUGGGGGCGCGGCCCUACGUGCGCCACGCGGCACGCUGGCCUCACGCGCACCUGCACCACCUGCACGCACAGGGUGGCAGCGGUCUGGUCGGAGCUCCCCACGUCCAGCAGCUGCACGUCGCUCAGCCCCUGCAGCUACCUCCGCCCCCUCCAACUUAUCAGGUAUUCCUGAAUCUGUUGGCGAUGUUCCCGCUGUCUCCUUACGGGGAGCCGCGCGAGGAGUCCGCAGACUCCCCCGAGACGGAGAACUACGAGGCCCUUUUGUCGCUGGCUGAGCGGCUCGGGGAGGCCAAGCCCCGGGGCCUGGCGCGGGCCGAGAUCGAGCAGCUGCCCAGCUACAAGUACGGAAGCGGGGCGGAGGGCGAGCAGAGCUCGUGCGUGGUCUGCAUGGCGGAGUUCGAGGCCAGGCAGACCCUGCGCGUGCUGCCCUGCGCCCACCACUUCCACGCUAAAUGCGUCGAUAAAUGGCUGAGGUCGAACCGCACGUGUCCCAUAUGCAGGGGCAACGCGUCAGAGUACUUCAGCAGCGCGGAGUGACGUCACGCGCGGACCGGCCGCGGGGACCAGGACUCGUGCACCGCCACAAAGUGUGAACUAGCGUUGUGGGGGCCGCGGUGUAGUGCGACCCCCCCGUGACCCCCGUGGGGAUCAGACGAUCAGCCGUGAGAUCGCAGUUUAUACACGUUUUUAAUGAUGCCUCGAUUUGUACAAUAAAGGGACGCGCGCGAGUGUCUCAUUCCGCCAUGCAGUGCGCCCGCAGAAAUGCCCUAAGUUUGCGCUAGCAGCCUUAAAAGCAAUACGAUUUGGAACACGUAACUUUGCAUUGAUCGAGCCGCCGAAAUAAAAAGUUUUGCAAAUCUAGAUCAAGCGAUAUCAUGAAGGCAUUUUGUGAUCAUGGUUUUCGGGUAUUGCCUUAGUCAGUUUGGCUCUGCGAGUCGGACGCUUUUUUAACUGGCCUGGUGUUGUGCGACCGCUUGCCGUCAGCCGCGCGCCGACUUAUCCUAGUACAGUGACGUGAAGCAAUAAUGUCGUCGAUUGUGUCGGGGGCGACGACCCCGCGAGCUCGACAGGUCAACGACCCGGAAAUUAUUAGUGAAAAUAUACAAGGAGUUUGUUUGUUUAUGAUUAUUAUUAUUAUUAUUAUAUAUACAUUAUUUUCAUUUAUUAAUUAAUUAAUCGAUUAAUUUUUAAUAUUAGUUUUUGGAAAUAUUGUUGGUCGUUAACACGUGUGUUGGUGUGAAAGUGCGCAUUUUAAUAAAUUCGCCCCAUCAAAUGCGUCAGUUAGAGGCCUAGUGAGGGACCGGGCUGGGGGCCAGGGGCCACAGGUGGUCACCGCGUAGUAGACGCCCUCGCUCAGUCCCCACUGUUCCGGCUGUUGCCGUCGCAAGACAAUAAAAUGUCAUUUCGUUACACGUCAAUAACAAAAACACUGGAUGACGAAACGAUGGCAGAUAAUUAAAGCAAUAAUUUUUUUAAGCGUUCAUUGUCACGUAGCUUCCAUUGAGGCGGCUCCAAAACAGAGAGCGUUUUCGUUGCGGGCGUAUUUUUUUUUAUUAGCUCACGUUGGCAGAAGAAGCUUGGUUAAAAAGGCGUUGGACUGACGCUUUGAGGAAACAUACGGCAUUAGGACGAUGUGUUCAGUUUCCUCGCAGUGAGAAUUUCAAUUACUGACGUGUGCCCGUCACGGAGGACGAUUGAGCAAAGCCUUCUCAUCCGUCAGCGUGAGGUGAUGAAACUAAAAUAAAACCCGGAAAGGACUUUAGUCGAUAAAAGCCAAUCAUCAGAACAAAAGAUGCCUUUUGACAGGGCAGCUGACGUGUUAAUUGUAUUAUGUAUAUUUUAUGUUUUACGUGUAUGUAAGUUUGUUUGUUUAACCGUCCCUUAGUCGAGUGCCAUGUCUGUCUGCUUCCAUUUCUGUUUUUUUGUUUUUUUUUUAUUAAUUUCUGUAAUUUAUAGUUUUAGAUUGAAAUUUGUUUUUUUUUUUUUUUACAUCGCCCGACGAACGGAAUGCGAUUUGAAAGUUUUUAACGAUUAAAAGUUCGAGUUUAGCGACUCCAAUCGCAGUGUAUUGCCUGUGAAGGGAUUCCGAGAGCUUUGGCAGUGUCAAUAUCAGUGCCGAACCGGAGUUAUGCGCGGUAUUAAUACCUAAGUGAUCGUAUUCCGUUCGUCCCGUUUCUUAGUACGGUAAGCUGUUAGUUUAUAUGAAGGUCUUGUCUUAAGGAAGACUCAACUGACGCCGCUGCUGUCAAUGUCAAGUGAACUCGAUAUCGUAAUUAAUUACCAAUUAGACUAAUCUAAAGAUUUAUGGACAGUUAGUUUUGGUAUUUUCCUUAGAAAGACUCCCGUUACGACGCUGUUUGUUUGGAUUGGGGCGUAGGGGUUAAAGAUUGUCUGGCAUCAAUGCCUGACUCGGUGGUAGUUAGAGCCCCUGACUGUUGCGCCAAGGGUCGCGGGUUCGAGUCCCGCAUCGGACAAACGUUCGUGUGAUGAACAGGUCUGUUUGCUCUGCGUCUGGGUGUUUAUUAUCUAUAUAUGUACAUAUUUAAACGUAUAUAAGUAUGUUUGUCAGUAUCUGGUACCCGUAACAUAAGGGAUCCUAAUUAGGGUCCGGAUGACCGUGCGUGAUUUGUUAAAGUCAAUCAAAUGGUGUCAUGUCAUCAAUGUGGCU